AUGAUUUCCCCUUCUAUUCAAAAGGACAUUAUUAAUUGUUGUGCCAAAGAAACAACUAGGUGCAUAAUAGAAGAAGUUGGUGAUGAUUACUUUGCCAUAUUAGCCGAUGAGUCAAGUGAUGUGUCCCAAAAAGAACAACUAGCUCUUGUUUUGCGCUUUGUUAAUAGAGAUAGUGGAAAGGUAAUGGAGCGAUUUUUAGGCAUUGUUCAUGUUGGUAAUAUUACCGCUUUAACUCUUAAAGAUGCAAUCAUGUCUUUACUUGUUGAACAUUCAUUGAGUCCAUCUAUGAUAAGGGGGCAAGGGUACGAUGGAGCUAGCAACAUGAAAGGUGAAAUAAAUGGUCUUAAGACUUUGAUUAUGAAUGAUACUCCAAGUGCCUACUACGUACAUUGUUUUGCUCAUCAACUUCAACUAACACUAGUUGCCGUUGAUAAAAAGAAUGAUAGUUGUGGUUGGCUUUUUGAGAUACUUGCAAAUUUAUUGAAUGUGGUUGGAGUUUCUUGCAAGAGAAGAGAAAUGAUUCGACAAGAUCAAGCUGAAGAAGUUGCUCGAGCAUUGGAUGUAGGGGAUAUUGUGAGUGGAUCGGGUUUAAAUCAAGAACUUGGUUUGAAAAGGCCCGGGGAUACUCGUUGGAGUUCUUAUUACAAGUCUAUUUCAAACAUCAUCCUCUUAUUUCCUACAAUUGUUAAGGUACUUGUACACAUUGGGAAGCAUGGUGUAUCGGAAGAUAAGUUCAAAGCUCAAAUUGUUUUAGGACAGUUAGAGUCAUUUGACUUUGUUUUUAUUGCUCACUUGAUGUUGACUAUUUUUGGUUACACUAAUGAUUUGUGUGUUGCUUUGCAAAGAAAGGAGCAAGAUAUUGUAAAUGCCAUGGAACUUGUCACUUACACAAAAUUGGUGUUGCAAAAAAUGAGGGAGCAAGGAUGGGAUACUCUCUUAAACAAGGUAACUUCAUUUUGUGCUAAACAUGGUAUUGUUGUUCCCACUAUGGAUUCUCCUUACGUUCCUCAAGGAAGAUCAAGACGUUUUGUUGAAGAAGCAACAAAUGAACAUCAUUUUCGGGUUGGAAUUUUUGUAAGAGUGAUUGAUUUGCAUCUUCAAGAACUUGAUGAUCGAUUUAAUGAGAGGAAUAUGGAGAUAAUAAUAUGUAUGGCUUGUUUAAGUCCUAAAGAUAACUUCUCAUCCUUUGAUAAAGAUAAGGUACUUAAACUUGCCUCUUUUUAUCCCGAAGAAUUUUCAAGCUUUGAUUUGAUGGCUCUUGAAUGUCAACUUGAUAUAUUCAUGGAGAAUAUGCUAAAUGAUGAUAGAUUUCAAGGUUUAAAUGACCUUAACUCCCUUUCUAUGAUGCUUGUUAAAACUAAUAAGCAUAAGACUUUUCCUCUUAUUCAUUUGCUUAUCAAGUUGAUGUUGAUUCUUCCGGUUGCCACGGCAAGUGUUGAAAGAGUCUUUUCCGCAAUGACAUGUGUCAAAAAUAAGUUGCGAAAUAGCAUGGGUGAUCAACUUAUGAAUGAUUGUUUGGUCACUUUUAUUGAGAAGGAUGUCUUCCUAAGAGUUUCCGAUGAAAAAAUUGUUGAUCGCUUCCAAAAUAUGAAGACUGGAAGGAUGAAAGUGUAA